AUGAUUGACUCCAAAGAUGCAAAGGCCAAGGUUCAAUCAGAUGUUUCACCCGUUCAGAAACCUGGGAAAACAUGGCGGAAAAUUACUCUUCCAGAUCAUGAUUGGAAUGCAGUAGCCCAUAACAGUAUUACACCAAUGAUGCAUUUAUUCAUGGAGACAGAGUUGCAUUUAGAGGAUGCAACCAAAGAAGAAGAUCACUACACUGUAAAAAGAAGUGGUUCAGCAGCUAUUUUAUUAAAUUUGUCUUACUUCGAGCCAGAAACUGUCCAGAGAGAUUGGAUCAAUACUUCCGCAAUCCUGAAUCAGGCAAAUUAAAGGAACAUUUUAUUUAUGUAGUUGAUAAUGGUUCUUCUGAAGCACCCUCUCAUCCAAUGGUCAAAAUGUGGUUGGCACGUAUGGCUAAUGUUCUAGAGUUGAAGUCAUUAACCCAGAAGUCGUUUGCAGAGUAUCACAGUAAACGAAAUCCAGUGGAACGAGUUCACGCUGUCGAGAACCGCGCCUUAUCCAAUGAGGUUUUUACAAGUACUGGUGUACACAAAGAAUAUGAGAAAGACGAUCAGCAGCAUUUGGAAAACAUGGAAUUUGUGGCAAAUGAAGUUGGAAAAUCUUUACAGAAUGCUUGA